CGGCUCGUGGGAAGCUCUCCCUCCUGCAUGCGGCGGAACUAGCCUUGGCGCCUGACCCCCGCGAACUGCGCACCUGUGUUGGUAUAUCAUUCUUCUUCCCGGUGCGCCCGCUUCACUGCGCGGCCAGCAGUUUUGGUUUUCGGUUGGCUCGUUUGAAACAUCUGUCUUCUUGACGUCAGGCCCCGAUCGUCGUUUCACAGGCGGCACUGGGCUAGCAGCAAGCGAGUGACAAGCAGCCUGAGAAAUGGCGACAAUGGCCCCCUCCACACAGCCUUUGCCUGUCCGGCGCAAACCCAUUGCAAAUCCUGGCAUCUCGGUGCGGCCACCGGUCCCCCCUUUCGACGCACAAUCAGGACACUCGCGCACGCGCACCACGUCCUCAGGCGUGUUUCCCGUUGCUCCGUCGCCGACCGCCAGCACCAUGAACUCGCAGCAGUACCCGCAGCAGAUGUACUCGGGAGGCCUCCGCCGGACACCCACCUCCUCGACCUCUUCCACGACCGGCACGCCCGGCCGCACAAAUAGCGGGGCACUCCGCCGCUCCUCGUCGACGCGCUCCGGCAACUCGCCGUCCAGCUAUGUGGCUCUGAUGCGCAAGCAAAAAGCCACGGUCUGGUGCGACCGAGCGCAGUACGACGACCCGCGCGUGGUUGCGCAGCAGCGCCAGGCAAAGAUGCGCGCCGUUAUGGAGGUCGCUGGUGGGGGUCACCACGCAUCCCUCCGCAAUUCCUCAGGCAGCUCAGGCGUCGCCGCUGGAGUGCGCUCCAAGGUUCGUCACCACGGCGUACCCAAGGCCUCGCUCUACGCGCCCAUUGCUACGACUGGCUCUGGGGUCCCCAUGCGCUUGAGUGCAUCCGAAGUAGAUGAGGGUGACAGCGAGGACAACAACUCGAUAGGACAGGGCGCAGGGCCCUACCACCACCGCACUGGCUCCGGCCGCAGCUCUCUCGGCUCCGGUCGCCGCGUUGGCUAUGCCAGCGGACGCAUAUCGUCAAACUCGACCCCGCCAAACGGGCAGAAUUCUUCGCCUGGCGAGAUGGCAGACCUUCCCGAGGAAGAAACGCCAGUGCCCAACUACGGCCAGAACGACUACUUUGAGCAUACUAAGACGGGUCUAAGCGGGGGCAGUGGGAGCAGCGAAGAGAGAAAUUUUGGCAGCGUUGGCCAGAUGCCACAAGGAUUGCCCAAGGCAGACCCUGAAAAGAACACUUCCGAUCUCCAUCGGAGAGGCAGUGUGGACGAGCGCACUACGACCAUGAGCGGCACCAGGCUUUUUAUUGCUAAUCCUGACCUGAGCGAUUAGACUUGGCUUUGUCAAACUUAAUGAUACCCAUCGGGAACGUAGGACUGGGGAUAUAGUGAGGGGGUGUGCUGGGUCAUGUAUGAACAU